AUGUCAUAUGAGAAGCUCUAUAAACAGUUCCAGAAUGGCGCAGAUUUCUCACCAAUGGUCCCCUUAGAAAAGCAGCCGUACUAUGGCGCUACAGCUCUUGUGAUCUCGAUGCUGUGCAUCUUGGGCGCGAUCGUAAGUGCUAAUCGUUCUAAGGGGCUUGCUGUGCCUCUGUUGAUUUUUAUCCCCUUGGGUCUUGUGGGAUCUCUGCUGUUUGGGCUUGCAAGCAUCUUCCUCGCUAACUCGUUCGGCGUUUACGUUUGA